AUUGCUGGAGCUCAAACAGUGAAAAUGGCUUCACUAACUGUAUCUGAAGAAGAGCUGUCUUGUCCCGUGUGCUGUGAAAUCUUCAAGACUCCUGUUCUUUUAUCAUGUAGUCACAGUUUCUGUAAAGAGUGUCUUCAACAGUUCUGGAGAAUCAAGAAAACUCAGGAGUGGCCCGUCUGCAGGAGAAGAUCCUCAAGAGAAGAUCCUCCAUGUAAUCUAGUGUUAAAAAACUUAUGUGAGUCGUUCCUGAAGCAAAGAAAUGAGAGGCGUUCAUCAGGAUCUGAGGAGAUCUGCAGUUUACACAGUGAGAAACUCAAACUCUUCUGUCUGGAGGACAAACAGCCGGUGUGUUUAGUGUGCAGAGAUUCACAACAACACAACAAUCAUAAAUUCAGACCCAUCAGUGAAGCGGUUUCAUCAUAUAAGGAGGAGCUCAAUACAGCACUGAAAUCAUUACAAGAGAAACUAAAACGCAAUGAAACAAUGAAAGGAGAGUUUGAUGAAACAGUUCAACACAUCAAGUCUCAAGCUGAGCACACAGAGCAUCAGAUUAAACGGCAGUUUGAGAAGCUUCAUCAGUUUCUCAGAGAUGAAGAAGUAGCUACAAUCACUGCACUGAGGGAGGAAGAGGAGCAGAAGAAGCAGAUGAUGAAGGAGAAGCUGGAGGAGAUGAACAGACACAUCUCAGCUCUUUCACACACAAUCAAAGACACGGAGGAGAUGAUGAAAGCCAGUGACGUCUGCUUUCUGAAGAAGUUUCCAGUCUCAAUGGAAAGAGUCCAGAUCUCAUCACAGCCGGAUCCACAGACUCCUUCUGGAGCUUUGAUUCAUGUGCCACGUUACUUGGGCAACCUGCCCUUCAGAGUCUGGAAGAAGAUGCAGGACAUGGUCCAGAACACUCCUGUGAUUCUGGAUCCAAACACUGCAGAUCCACGUCUCGUCCUGUCUGAUGAUCUGACCAGUGUGAGAAACAGCGGGAACAAACAACCUGUUCCUGAUAAUCCAGAGAGAUUUAAACAUUAUUUCUGUGUUCUGGGUUCAGAAGGUUUUAACUCAGGAACACACUGCUGGGAUGUGGAGGUUAAAGAGAGUAAACGCUGGAUUCUUGGAGUAACUACAGCAUCAAACCGGAGGAAGGGAGGUGUUUUCUUUAACACUGAUGUCUGGUGUGUGAGGUACAGAUGGUCUUUUGUUACUGGUUUUGGUGUUGAACAGCAGCUUGAUCGUGUGAGAGUGAAUCUGGACUAUGACAGAGGAACAGUGUCAUUCUCUGAUCCUGUAACUAACACACAUCUACACACAUUCACAAUCACCUUCACUGACACACUCUUCCCGUUCUUCUGGUGUCAUUUUUAUUCCUCUCUGAGGAUCUUAGCGAUCAAUAGUCAGUAAUCAUUACU